CCAUAAGUAAACACUACUGUUUUACCAAGCAGGCUGACCUGAAGUAGUUACUAGCUUAGUUACUCAAGAAGAGAGGAGAUUUUCUUUUCCCAUUUAUCAGAUAGUUAAAAUACGUUUUUUCCAGUGGGUAUCAGUGAGCCAGAAUUAAAACUCAGAAUGCAACAGACAAGUGAAGAAUUUCAAACAUAGACAUUACAGGAGUCCUAAUACAGCAGAAACCUCAUUGAGCUGCAGAUCUCACAUCCCAGUUUACAGUGUUUCUUCCCAACAGAGCAGAGGCUAGUGUUGGUUUCCUUAUUUUGGCUUGGACUCCUCUCCUGUUCCAUCAGGCAAAUUAGCACAAAAAGCAGCCAGUACAUCAUGGAGAUGGAAGAUUUUGACAACUACACCUAUUUUUAUUAUAACUAUGAGGAAGAUGAGCCAUUCCAGUCCCAUCUCAGUGUCUCACACAUGGUCUCCCUUUCUUUAUGUUGUGUGGCAUUUCUCCUAGGGGUGCCAGGUAAUGCCAUAGUCAUCUGGUUUAUGGGGUUUAAAUGGAAUAAAUCAGUCUCCACCCUCUGGUUCCUCAAUCUGGCUAUUGCAGACUUCAUCUUCGUUCUUUUCUUGCCUUUCUAUAGUACAUAUAUAGCACUAGGUUUCCACUGGCCCUUUGGGAAGUUGCUUUGCAAAGUUAACUCCUUUAUUGCUUUACUGAAUAUGUUUGCUAGUGUUUUCUUCCUGACCUUCAUCAGCCUUGAUCGCUACAUACGCCUGGUCCACCCCACCUUUUCAUGCAAGUAUCGGACCCUUAGGAACGCUCUCAUUCUUAGCGGGAUUAUUUGGCUCUUGGCUGCUAUUAUUGGUGGCCCAGCCUUGUACUUCAGAGACACUACAAUUCAUAACAACAACACCAUUUGCUACAACAACUUUCACCUCCACGACAAAGAGCUCAUUGUUAUGAGACAUCAUGUUUUGAUUUGGGUGAGGCUUGUGUGCGGUUAUCUGUUUCCUUUGGUGACCAUGGUCCUUUGUUACUCACUUCUGAUUGUCAAGGUUAAGAGGAGAAGCCUACUAACCUCCAGCAGGCUCUUCUGGACCAUGGUUGCCGUAGUUGUAGCUUUUUUUGUUUGCUGGACACCCUACCACAUAUUUAGCAUUCUGGAACUAUCUGCUCACCAUAACGAACACUUACAUGGCUUGCUUCAGGAUGCCAUUCCCCUCUCAACUGGUCUUGCCUUCAUUAAUAGCUGUCUCAAUCCAAUCCUCUAUGUUUUGAUUAGCAAAAAAUUCCAAGUCCAUGUUAGAGCGACAGUUUCUGAGGCACUAAAGCUUGCGCUGUGGGAAGUAAGCCGUUCUGGAACAGUCAGUGAACAACUGCGAAGCUCAGAGAACACCCACGUGGCUGUGAACUACUGUGAAACUAGGCAGUAAAUGGCUCUUUUUUCUUUUUUUCACCAGUUGUGAGUUCUUGUUUAUUACAGAAUUGCAAAUUUAUAUGUAAUGUCAAGGACUGGUCAAAUUGAUUGCUGGUG